AUGGAGAAGAUUAUCUACGAACACUCGAAGAAAGCUCCGAGCUCAAUAGCCGUGGAGGACGGAAACCUGUCUCUGAGCUAUCCUGAGUUACUUGCGGAAGCUUCUCACCUAGCCCGCACGCUUGGAGAUGUAGUCUCCGGUGAACUGAUUGGCAUUUUGCUUGGCCCUGGAAUCCAUCAAAUUGUUGCACAGUUAGCUGUGCGUCUCUCCGGUGGUACUUGUGUACCUAUCGAGCCAACACUUCCAAAGAGUCGCAUCAUCGCGCUUCUAGGUGAUAUUGGUGUUAGACGCGUAUUCGUUGACGAAGAAGACACUGCGUAUCUGCAUGAUCUUGAGGUCAUACAUGUGCAGCCAAUCUCAGGACGGAUCGCCCUCGAUUUAGUAUCAGAAGACUUUGAAAACCAGUCAGAGAUAAGCCAUGUUCUUUUCACCUCAGGGUCAACUGGGAAGCCCAAGCCAGUCCAAAUCCGUGCGGAGAGCAUCUUGCACAUGGCGACCAAGACUCCCGCAACACCCUUGCAAAGAGUUGAUAGAGUCACUGCGUUCAACAAUCCAGGAUUUGAUGUAAGUCUAUUCGAAAUGUGGGUCACACUCAUCUCCGGGGCCACGAUUGUGGUGAUGCCUCGAAAGACAGCCACUGAUCCCGGUGCCUUUGGGAGUGUCUUGAAGUCUCACAACGUGACCGUGACAUUCUUGACCGCUGCAUUCUUUCAAAUUAUUGCCUUCGCGGACCCGUCCGCGUUUUCUUCAUUGCGGCAUGUCUUCAAUGGAGGAGAUGUGGCCAAUGUGCGUGCUAUGAGGACUGUCCUGGAUAAUGGACCACCACAACACCUUUGGAACACAUAUGGCCCGACUGAGUGUACGACAUUAGCCACCAUGAUUGAAGUCUCGAUGGAAGAGGCAUCUCGAGAAAGAAUCAGUAUCGGUAGAGCAGUGGGUGAAACGGUACUCGUGCUAUUGGACGAGCACCAAGACCUCAUCCGUGAUAGCGGAACACGAGGCGAGGUCUAUAUUGGAGGACCACAGCAGUCCCUCGGAUACUUGAACUGGCCUAAUAAGACAAGCCAAAGCUUUGUUCAUCUAGAGAGGAGAAGGUUGGGCUUACAGGGGGAGGGAACUGUCCGUCUGUAUCGAACAGGUGACAUGGCUGAAUGGCGCGACGGCACCGACCUUCUGGAUUUCAUUGGACGCACUGACAAUCAGGUGAAACAUGGUGGGUUCCGAGUGGAGUUGGGCGAGAUUGAACGUGCUUUGCUUUCACAUAGAGACGUUCAGUCCGUUGUGAUAGUCCGCCAACCGCCGCUAUCUGAGAACGGAACGCAUGCACUUGUGGCCUUUGUGGUAGGCAGCGAGUCGUUUCAACCACAACAUUUACUUGAAUAUGCUAGGGAACUCCUCCCAGCAUAUAUGGUCCCCAAUGAUGUUGAACGUAUCGCUGAGUUUCCAUUGACGCCCAACGGAAAGGUGGACCGAAAUACGCUUAUUCAACUAAGGCUUGAGACUCUUCAAGGGAAGUCAUCAGUCCAUAGGGUCCAUAGUCAUACAUCUGGGGACAAAAGGGCAAUGCUUCAGGGUAUCUGGAGAGACUUGCUCAACGUGUCCAAGGUUCAUGAUGACGAUGACUUCUUUGUUAUUGGGGGCAGUUCACUACAAGCUGCAGCGCUCAUUUCUAUCAUUCAGAAGCGCCUUGGGACUCUGGUGUCAAUGGAAGACUUGCACAAGAAUUCCAGGCUCGAUAGACUACUGCGUCUUAUUGACACCACGGAUUGCGCCUAUGACAAUGCACCAGAUGAUGCAACGACCUGGAGGAAAGAUGUCGACCUCGUGGAUGAUAUCGAGCUCGUCCCUCAAUGGGAGGCUGACACAGAAGGACGUGUUUUUAUCACUGGCGCAACUGGCUUUGUGGGGGCUCACCUUCUACACCAUCUCAUGCAGAGACCUUCUGUGAAACGAAUUGCGUGUCUAGCACGUCACAAGAAAGGUCUCAAUGCAGCUACUCGAAUUCAACAGACCCUGGAACGGUACGGCCUAUGGCCUAGCGCAUUUGACCAGACUCAGAAGCUCUUGGUGCUGGAGGGCGAUCUGGCGGACCGCGGACUUGGCUUGGGGACUGAAGAGUUCACCUGGCUGGCGAACUGGGCCUCAUCGUACCGCGAGCAUUAUAUCAGCAAUGUGAAAGGGACAUGUAACGCUCUCCGGUUAGCUUCCGCUGGUCGUCGCAAAGCAUUCCACUACAUGUCCAGCAUCGACGCGUGGGGCCCAACUGGUGGUAUUCUUGGUACAAAAGAACUGUACGAGGACGAGCCGCUGCAGCGUCACAUUCAUUGUCUUCGAUAUGAUUUGGGGUACUCGCAGAGUCAAUGGACAGCCGAAGCCAUGGUACGCCGAAUGAGAGACCGGGGUUUGCCUAUUUCCAUAUACAGACCGGGAUUUAUUGUUGGUGAUAGCAAGACGGGGACCAAUAAUCCUGAUGAUUUCUUCUCCCGGCUUCUUGUAGGAUGUAUCCAGCUCGGGGCAUUCCCGAGAAUUGAUCAGCGGCUGGAAUACGUCACCGUUGACUAUGUUAUCGACUCUCUUAUGCACAUUGCAUCCGAUAACAAGAAUCUUGGCAAGUCCUAUAGCUUGCUUGCUCCAGAUGUGCGGCAAUCAGUCGAUGUAGAAGGAACCUGUGCUGUGCUCAAUGAGGCGGGAUACGAUGUCAAACUCGUAUCUUACGAGGAGUGGAUGGAACGAUUAUCAGAGAUGCCGGGAGACAGUCCUUUGGCGCCUUUGAUGCCAAUGUUCCAGGAGAAGGUGCUAGGUCGGCUGACGCGCUGGGAGGCAAGUCAGUACUCGCCGGUGUACCGCUGUGAUAACACGAUCGAGGCGUUGAAGGGCCGUCCUGAUAUUGAAUUUACCCCAUUCGACGUAGCGCUAUUGGAGAAGUCCAUCAGCUUCUGGAAUCGAAAGGGAUUCUACCAUGUCAGGAAAUAA